AUUCCAUAUCUGACUUUCUAAAACAAAAGUCCAGGUCUCCUCCUCCUCUUGGUCUAUCUUUACCAAAGCCCACACGUCACGUUACAACAAAAAAAGAAUUUUGUUUCCAAGCAAUCUGUUUCUGCCCAUCUCCCCCAAUAUCCUUUUAAAAAACAUCCGAAUCUAUGAUAACUCAAAAUCUAAUCAUCUUUAUCCUGUUGAGAUAUAUAUAUAUAGUUGGUGACGCACGCAUACUCAGAGAUGGGAUCCGCCGCCGUAGCUAGUUCUUCUUCUGAUGUUGCAAUCUCAGCUCUGCGUGAGAAGCAUGAGAAGGAAGUGGAGAAUCUAACACUCACCUCACAACCUCUCUAUACAUUGAAGUUAUUCGUUGAGGCUACUUUUCUUUACAUCAAGCGGUCGAUAUUGUACCUACUUGCUCAUGGAGGCUGGUUCAUGCUUAUAACCACUUUGUUGGUCGCAUUUGGAGUCUUGCUUGUAACUGUUGAUGGACCACAUGGAAAGCAUGUUGAAGAACUAUUGGAGUAUGUUCGGUACAGCUUAUGGUGGAUAGCACUUGGCGUUGCAUCUUCUAUUGGCCUUGGAUCUGGUCUACACACUUUUGUUCUCUAUUUGGGUCCGCACAUUGCUUUGUUCACUCUAAAAGCAACGCAAUGUGGGCGGGUCGAUCUCAAAUCUGCACCUUAUGAUACGAUACAGCUGAAACGGGUUCCCUCGUGGCUCGACAAAUCUUGUUCAGAGUUUGGUCCUCCAUUAAUGGUCUCUGCUGCUGGGUCUCGUGUUCCUCUCACAAGCAUACUGCCACAAGUCCAACUAGAGGCCAUCUUAUGGGGUAUUGGGACGGCUCUUGGGGAGCUUCCUCCUUAUUUCAUCUCAAGGGCAGCUAGUAUCUCUGGAAGCACGGUGGAUGGAAUGGAAGAGUUAGAUGCUUCACCAUCUGAGGAUAGCGGAGUUAUGGCCAGGUUCCUGAACCGGAUUAAGCGUUGGCUAUUAACGCAUUCGCAGCACUUGAAUUUCUUCACCGUCUUGGUUCUUGCUUCGGUCCCAAAUCCUCUGUUUGAUCUCGCUGGAAUAAUGUGUGGGCAAUUUGGAAUACCUUUUUGGGAGUUCUUUUUGGCGACUUUAAUCGGAAAAGCCAUCAUCAAAACUCAUAUACAGACAAUAUUUAUCAUCUGUGUGUGUAACAACCAAUUGCUCGAUUGGAUGGAGAACGAGCUGAUCUGGAUACUUAGCCAUGUCCCUGGUUUGGCUGCUGUAUUGCCUGGACUCACAGCCAAACUCCACGCCAUGAAAGAAAAGUAUAUUGAUGCUCCACCUCCUGUUCCAUCUCAUAUCAAGGUGAAAAGAUGGGAUUUUUCAUUUGCAUCAAUCUGGAAUGGGAUAGUGUGGCUGAUGCUCCUCAACUUCUUCGUCAAGAUUGUGACAGCGACUGCACAGAGACACUUGAAGAAGAAGCAAGAGAAAGAAAUAUCUGCUUUGACUCAUUUAGAUUGAUCUUUCUUCCUUAUGCGCCAACAUCAGAAGGAGCUAAACUAAACAAGACAAUGGCAGCUUUUCUUCUCAUUUUCACAUCGUUGACACAUUGUUCUGGUGGGAUUUGUACUUUAUAGAACAUAAAAGGGUUUAGGAGGAAUUGGGAGAUUGCAGGAGGCUUAUUCUGACCGUGUGAUUGAUUCCAUAGAGAAAGAUUUGUGGGAAGAAUUUAGAAAAGAAAAGCUCUAGUUGCUAAUUUGCUACUCUGCUUAUCAAUGACAAUUUCGUUGUUUUUUUUUUC